UGAAGCCGGCAGCUGCCCGCGUGCCAGUCGCAUUCAUCGGCGUCCCGACUCGUAUAUGCCUGGCGUUCGUCACGACCGGCCUGCCGCACCUAGGCUUCUACAUCGAAGUAAGCUACUGAAAACUGUAGACACACUUGUCAUAAUGAGGCCUGAUUUCUCCAAGGAUCACCCCAUUGGCCCUGACAACAGGCUGCGCUGGCUGACGGCUGCUAGCCUGGCAACGUUCCUGAUACUCUGCAUCGCCGUCACUGCCUACUUCAUAUACGCUGCCGCGCCUCGCCGCUACCAGCGGCUGGUAUCUUCGGGCGCACCCAAUCCGCAGCCCGUGGUGCAGCCGAAGAAAUGGGUGAUCUACCACGACGCCCCGAUUCGUGUGACGCCCAACGUGCUGCUGUGCGCCACCAGCGGCCGUGGGACCGAGAAGCUGUCUGAGGCCCUGGACGCCUACUGCACGCACGUCAUCUACACCGGACCGCUGGUCGUAAAGCGCAUGCCGGGAAGCGGCAAGCUCUUCGUGGAUGUCAGAGACACCGAGGGCUACCGUGUGUUCGCCGGCCUGACCAAGACCCACGAGCGGUACGUGUCCUUCCGCUGGAAGGCCGCCUCGUGGAACGAGGGCGACGUCCUCCAGGCGCUCGUCUCCUACCUGCGCUUCAACAGGCUACGGGGCAUCGAGCUCGUCAUGAGCAGCCACACCGAGAGGAGCAAGCUCGUACGAUUCUGCGAGAACUUCGUGCAGAAGAUGAGGACCAACGCGAGCCUCAUAUUGAGGGUACAGAAGACGGUGCAGCUCAACAAGGUCCUGUUCAAAAAGCUGGCCAGUCUCCCCGCUUACCUGGUCUUGGAGACGCAAGUGGUGAACCUGCCCGGCCUGCAGACCAGGCGCUUCCCCAACGCGUACCAGCCCUUCGCUGGCUCGCACAAGAACGACGUCUACAUGAGGUACCGGCUGUGGCAGGUGCACCCAUGGCGUCGUCACCUGCACCUGGAAAAUGUGUGCUUCACCAUCUCCAUGGCCGUGAUCAAGGCCCGCAAAGGACCCACCAAGAACAGGGUACUCGAGUACUCCUACACCAGCAUCAAGGAGCCCUGCGAGCAGAGCUCCAUGAAGAAAGGCGUGGACUGGAGGGCUCUGUCGCGGUUCCGCGAAAACCGGACCACCUACUAUGCCUACGACAACAAGCAGACCUUCACCAACAAGCUGUGGCGGUUGGCCCACGAGUUCCCGCGCUACUGCGUGGCCGCGUAUGACGUCGAGAAGGACGACUUCGAGGGCGUCUGUCCCAAGAAGAGCGUGCCCCUGCUACGCGUCGUCAAGAAGCUCGUCACGUCCACCCAGCGAGCACGGCUGGACUGACGCGACGCGCCCGCGCGUGGUGGUCCCGGUCCUUGGCCACCAAGUGGUCGGGAAAGACCAGGGGCCAACACCGCUCGCUCGGCGUGACGGCGAUAUCGAGCGCCCAGCGCUUCGCGUCGCUUUUGUAAAGCAAGAAAGUAUCGGAAACUAA